AUGGCGACGGCAGCAGCUCCCGAGUCCUCUCUCCUCUCCCUUCUAUACCGGUCGUACCCCGCCGUCAUCUCUCCCAAUACGACCGAGCCCGACUACCUCCACGCCUCAUCCAAAAUCUUCCCCCAGGUCACUUUCAGCGAGGCAGAGGAAGCCGACAUCAGGCAAUGGCUGCACACCGUUGACGGUCUGAAGACCUCCCUCGCCAAAGGCCAGAAGGACAUCACCGAAGGCAUUCUCGGCCAGCUGAACAUCCACCUGGCCACGCGGACCACCCUCCUUGGCGCGAAGCCCUCGGUCGCCGACAUUGCCGUCUACGCUCUCCUCGCCCCCGCCGUUGAGAAAUGGACUCCCGAAGAGCGCACCGGCGAAAAGGGCUACCACCACAUCGUCCGCCACGUUGACUUUGUCCAAAACGCGCGCCUGUUCUCCCUCCAGAUCCCCGAGGAAGAAAAGAUCGCCAUCGACCUGAACGACGUCAAGUUCGUCCCCAAGCCCCUCGACCCCAAGGAAGAGAAGGAGCGCAAGAAGCGCGAGAAGGCUAGCGCUCAGAACCCCGACGCAAACUCCGAGUCUAAGCCCCUCGUCAUCGGCCAGGGUAAGGCCGAGCAGGCCGCCAACGCCCAGAAACAGGCCGGCGCCGACGGCACCCCCGUCGUCAAGACAAACAAGAAGGAAAAGAAAGAGAAGAAAGAAAAGGCCCCCAAGCCUGCUCCCGCCCCCGCUGCUCCCCCGGCCCCCUCACUCAUCGACCUGCGUGUCGGACACAUCCUGCGCGCUAUCAACCACCCCAACGCCGACUCGCUGUACGUCUCUACCAUCGACUGUGGCGACGCCCCCGGCAGCGACAACACCUCACUCGACGAGGAGACCGGUAAGACUGUGCGCACCGUGUGCUCCGGUUUGAACGGCCUGAUCCCCCUGGAGGAGAUGCAGGGCCGUAAGAUUGUCGCCGUGUGCAACCUGAAGCCUGUGACUAUGCGUGGCGUCAAGUCCUGCGCGAUGGUUCUCGCUGCCUCGCCGCGUGUCGCCGAGGGCGAGGAUUCGCACGCAGGUCCCGUCGAGCUGGUUAACCCUCCUGCUGGGGCUGCUGCUGGUGAGCGUAUCUUCUUCGAGGGCUGGAAUGAUGGUCAGCCUGAGAAGCAGCUCAACCCUAAGAAGAAGGUCUGGGAGACUUUCCAGCCUGGUUUCACCACUACUGGUGACCGUGAGGUUGCUUUCGAUAGCAGUGCUGUUCCCACUGUCCACGGACAGGAGGGCAAGCCUGCUCUUGGAAAGCUGGUUGCUGCCUCUGGAGGUGUCUGCACUGUCAAGAGCUUGACUAAUGCUACCGUGCGGUAA